AUGGAUGAUCGUAAAGUUUUUAAACAAGAUAAAGAAGAUGGACGAAUAGAUUAUUAUACUUCAAUUUCUCCUGAAUAUCGAUUUGAAAAACCAGCAAUUGAAAAAUUAAUUCAAGAAUAUCUAGAAAUUGAUAUCAUUCUAUUUUUCAUUGAGACAGAAAAUGAUAAUAAGGCUAUGACAUGUACAUCUAGUCAACAAAUACAAACUCCUACUCGAACCAUUCAACAUUAUCAGUCAGCUCCAUCGUUUUAUUAUGCACCAAUAACGUCAGGUAGUGAUUCAAAUGAUUUUCAACAUCAUGCUUCAACACCUUUACUUUGUCAAGUAUCAAUUUCAUCAUAUCAAAAUAUUCCAAUAGUUGAUCGAUUUGUAAGACAUUUUGGUAAAGUUCAACCAGAUUUGCUAUGGACAUCACCAUUACCUGUUCGACCACGAAUAUUUUCUAUGAGACCACCAUCAUUGUCUUGUAAGAUAUUUCUCGGUGGUAUUCCACAUGAUCUUAAUCCUAGAGAUUUACAAGAAUGUUUAGAAAGCUUUGAAUUAGUUCGACUAGAAUGGCCCGAUAUGGGUAAUAUGUCCAUGCAUAGAUAUUCAUCAAAUAUUACGAUUGGUUUUGCUUAUACUGUUUAUGAAACUGAAGAAUCUAUUCAUGAAAUCUUACAUAUAUGUUCAACAAAAACUGAUCGAUCAUUAGAUGAUGGUCGAUGUGAAUAUUAUCUUGAUGUUUAUAAUCAACGAACAAUUUCACGAAGAAAAAAUUUAAAUGAUUCCGUAGAAGAUUCACAAUGGCUACCUGAAGGUAAUAGCUAUGGAAGUUGGAAACAACGACUUGACUCUAAUGAAUGUCUUAAUCGAACAGUAUUUGUUGGUGCUUUACACGGAAUGAUGACUGCUUAUGCAGUGGCUCGAAUAUGUCACGAAUUAUUCGAAGAUAUAGAAUAUGCAGCUCUCGAUACUGAUAGAAAAAUAACAUAA